CAAAAGACUAGUCUAUAAUCCACAAUAAUCCUUUAAAAAUGGCCGUCUCGUAUUGUCAUCUCACAUCAAAAAUUCCCCACUAUAUUUUUUAUAACUGUUUUUGCUUGUAUACAGUGCUUGUUCUGCAUAUUUCUCCUCUUUCAGAUGCGUUUACGUUUUACUCAGCAAAGUAAUUUAUUGCAAAAAUAAUUUUGUGCUUCACAAGACACGAGUUGGUUUGUGGAUAACUUGGAUUAUUGUGACGCUUUUAUAAGAUGUUUUUACUUUCGUUCUGACGGCACCCAUUCACUGCAGAAGGUCCGUCUGUGUUCUCCAAAUCGGUUCAGAUGAAGAAACAAACUCAGUUAUAUCCCGAACUGCCUAAAGCUGAGUGAACUGUCGUUUCAGGGUGAACAAAAAGGUGCGUUCUUCUGUGCCAUUGCUGUGACAAAAAACCCCUUUGGAGCUUUUAUUUUAAAGAGCGUAGAGGAGGGCAAUUAUCUCAAAGUGUGUAUGCGAUCAAUGUUUUCCCACAGUGAAGUGGCUACCUGUUUGUGUGCCCAGCGGGUGUGGGUCAGCAGCAGGGGGCUACAGUUGGCUGGUCAGCUCUGAAGUAAAUGGAUGAGGAGACACUUUUACUACCUUAUAAAAGGCCAGACCUAGGACAGCUGUCACCCCCUACAAAUGGUCAUGGAAAAUUCCUCCGAAUUUCUGCCGAAGAGUCCUCAUGGGAACUUUUCCUGGCACUCCUGCUGUUUCUGAAAGUAGGCUACCUCUGUUGUUUCCAUCAAAGCCAUUGUCUUAAUGGUGCUCAAACCUUUGUCUAAUGAAGACGCAUGACGUUCCUGGCACCGGUUAGUGUUUUACAGUUUAAUCGGGAGGCCUGGCCUCCUUUUUUACCCUGUUAAUUUGUGUCUGCAUUCCUUUUCGACAUCCCCCAGUAGAUAUCCAGCAGUGUCAGAUACAAGCGAGCUCCACCAGGGUGAAAGUUAAUAAGCCAAAGAGUAUUAAAAAUGGGAAGUAAUUAAGGCCUACGAAUUGCACAGGAUUUGCCUAAUAUAACCCAGAUGGAUUGGUUUGCCAUUUCUCGUCCCCUGAGUGAUGGAUUUGGGAUUUGCUCUGGAAACCAGGAAUUUGAAUCGUUGAGGCCUGGAGGAAAAACAAGGCAGGAGGGUGAAGGGUGGCUGUGAUGCAGGGGCCAUUCAGAAGUGGGUGGAGAGAAAGGAGUGGGACGUCCUAAGCUUCUUUCUAUAGCAUUGCACCUUUCCUCACAAUCGUAAUACACUAGCUGUCACUGCUCAGGUCCUGUCUUGUGUCACAGAGCUCUAAAAACAGUCCACUAGACGAAGAGGGAGAGAGAAAUCGGUAGAGACAGAAGAACGAGACAACUUCUAUCGGACAGGCUUCAGAAAAGGAGACGACGGGAACUGAACAGACCCCCUUGCAUGUCUGUUCUAGCUCUUAUUGGCUUAAGAGUGUGCCUUAACGACAACUAUACAUUUGUUCAUCCGUCCAGCUGUGUGUGUGUGUGUGUGUGUGGCAGGGUGAAUGUCCUGUACCCUGUAACUAUGAAGGCCACAUAUGUGCUACUUUGCGUGGGUCUGGUUGUUCUUCCUGCUACAAUCUGUCAGUCUCCUGCUGAACGUGACUCUUACACAGAGUGUACAGAUGGCUAUGAGUGGGACGUGCAGACUCAACUCUGUCGAGACAUAAACGAGUGUGAGACUAUCCAGCAGGCUUGUCAGGGAGAGAUGAAAUGCUUUAAUCACUACGGUGGAUACCUGUGCCUCCCUCGCUCCGCCUCCGUGAUCACAGCACCCGAGCCCUCCAGCCAAUCGGAGCCCAGUGUGCCUGUGGAACACAAUGAGGCCUUUAACCCCUGUCCCGUAGGCUACAGGGCCCAAGGAGAUACCUGCGUGGACAUCGAUGAGUGUGAACUGGACAUGCAUGACUGCCAGCCCAGCCAGGAAUGCAUCAACACCGUGGGCACCUACACCUGUCAGUGCCCUGACGGCUACAGCAAGAUUGGCAUAGAGUGCGUGGACAUCGACGAGUGCAGGUACAGGUACUGUCAGCACCGCUGUGUGAACGUGCCAGGAUCUUUCUCCUGUGAAUGUGAGCCUGGUUUCCAGCUGGCGGGAAACAACAGAUCCUGUGUUGAUGUAAAUGAGUGUGAGAUGGGAGCACCCUGUCAGCAAAGGUGUUACAACAGUUACGGCACGUUCCUGUGUCGCUGCGAUCAAGGCUACGACCUGGGACCCGACGGCCACUCGUGCAAUGAUAUCGAUGAGUGCAGCUAUUCCAGUUUCCUUUGUCAGUUUCAGUGUGUGAACGAGCCCGGAAGAUUCUCCUGUGUUUGUCCAGAAGGUUACGAGCUAGUUGGAACACGGCUCUGCCAAGAUGUGAAUGAGUGUGAGACUGGCGCUCAUCAGUGCGGGGAGGGACAGGUGUGUGUGAACAUUCAUGGUGGACAUCAGUGUGUCAGCUCCAACCGAUGCCAGGACCCCUACGUCCAGGUCUCAGAGAAUCGUUGUAUAUGUCCGGUGGUGAAGCCAGAGUGUCGUGACCAGCCCUUCUCCAUUGUGCAUCGAUACAUGAGCAUCACCUCGGAGCGCUCCGUUCCCUCCGACAUCUUCCAAAUCCAGGCCACCAGCAUCUAUCCUGGAGCUUACAACUCCUUCCGCAUCCGUUCUGGAGACGAAAAUGAAGAAUUCUACAUACGGCAAAUCAACAACAUCAGUGCCAUGUUGGUGUUGGCCAGAGCAGUGACGGGACCGAAGGAGUACGUCCUCGAUCUGGAGAUGGUGUCUGUCAAUCCACUCAUGAGCUACCAGACCAGCUCGAUUUUGCGCCUCUCCAUUUAUGUUGGGCCUCAUGCUUUCUGAGGAGAGAGAGAUUGAGAGACAAGGAAAAACACUGUACGACAGAAGAUUUUUUUUUAAUUCAGUGUUUUAUGUGUUCAAAUAUGGCAACACAGUUCCACAAUUCACCACCUAAUGAUGUGAAAUCAUCUUUUUUUGUGGCUGACUUUGGCCGGUGACUGCAGGCCUAUUUUGGGAAGCGCUAAAGACAACUGAACAUUCAUUCCUCUCGCUUUGUCAUUCUCACACAUACAUGCAGCAUACAAGCACACACACACACACGCAUAUAUCGGCUGCAGAUAUUUCAGAAAGAUAUAAUUAGUCAUUAGUACCAGCUAAAAAAAACAUAACACAAAAACCUUGAGAAAAUGAUCUAAUCUAAAUACAAUACACAUUCCAAGGAACUUUUGUAAUUACGUUUAUCCGUUUAAAACAAAAAAUGAAAAAAAUACAGGUUCCUAUAAUAAUCCUUGAAUGAAACACGAAUAGGACAAAUGUAAAUAUUUUGUGAAACCAGUUUUUUCGUAAAUUGUUGUAUUUUCUUUAUGUUGAAUUCAAUUCUUCUGCUUGCGUUUACUCAGUUUGACUCCAAAAUGUGUUUUUUUUUACAUUGUUAAAGUAUAAAAAUAACAUUGUAAAAAUAAAACAUAAAAACCAAAAAAAUAUAACCCUCUCUUCACAUCUUAGUUUUUUUUUAAUCAUCUUCCUCUUUUUGCUUUCAUGUCUGUAUGCUGAAAAUAUCCCAUUUUGUGUACAUGCAAUAAUUAGCUUGAUGUUUCUGCUGAUUGUGUGCGUUUACGGUAAGCAUAAACGUAUAAAUGUAUUACUCAGGUAUCUCCACAUGGUGACAGUGUAACACUGGAGCACGCAUGCUGAGUUUUACCUAUCUUUGCUAUUAGCUGAAAGAGGUUUAAUGUCCAAAAGUUAACAAAAAUAAAUGUCCCAUUUGGAUC